UCUCGCGAUUCUUCGUAGUCUUCAUCGGUGUGGCCUUGUGCAUGAGACGGUGUGCUUCAUGGCGGUGGCAGUGACUGCGACUCUGUUUUGAACUGUAAAAGCUCUCCCAAUUUAUUAUCUCCCCACGGGUAACGCGCAUCAGGAGACCCCAGCGAAGAGCAGGUGCUAGAGCGUAUCUCUUGACUGUACUAUAUUUCCAAAGCCAAUGGCAGAACUAAUUCGGUUGAAACCUCCUUAAGGGGGGGGCAGGGCACCACUGGAGUUCAUAAGAGCAAAAGGGAGGCCAGGCUCUGAUGAUGGAGAAUGGACAGAGCACGGCCUCGAAACUCGGCCUGCCGCCUCUCACGCCCGAACAGCAGGAGGCGCUGCAGAAGGCGAAGAAGUACGCCAUGGAGCAGAGCAUCAAGAGCGUGCUGGUGAAACAGACCCUCGCCCACCAGCAGCAGCAGCUCACCAGCCUGCAGAUGGCUUCCUUGACGAUGGGCUUCGGAGACGCCCUCUCGCCUUUGCAGUCGGUGGCGGCCCAGCGGCAGCGCGCCUUGGCGAUAAUGUGCCGGGUGUACGUGGGCUCCAUUUACUACGAGCUGGGCGAGGACACCAUCCGCCAGGCCUUCGCCCCCUUCGGGCCCAUCAAGAGCAUCGACAUGUCCUGGGACUCCGUCACCAUGAAGCACAAGGGCUUUGCCUUUGUGGAGUACGAGGUGCCCGAGGCGGCCCAGCUGGCCCUGGAGCAGAUGAACUCCGUCAUGCUGGGAGGGAGGAACAUCAAGGUGGGGCGGCCGAGCAACAUCGGCCAGGCGCAGCCCAUCAUCGACCAGCUGGCGGAGGAGGCCCGCGCCUUCAACCGCAUCUACGUGGCGUCCGUCCACCCCGACCUGUCGGACGAGGACAUCAAGAGCGUCUUCGAGGCCUUCGGCAGGAUCAAGUCCUGCACGCUGGCCAGGGACCCCACCACGGGCAAGCACAAGAGCUACGGCUUCAUCGAAUACGACAAGGCCCAGUCGUCCCUGGACGCGGUCUCCUCCAUGAACCUCUUCGAUUUGGGCGGCCAGUACCUGCGGGUGGGGAAGGCCGUGACCCCACCCAUGCCCCUGCUGACCCCGACCACGCCCGGCGGGCUCCCCCCUGCCGCCGCCGUGGCGGCAGCCGCUGCCACCGCCAAAAUCACAGCCCAGUUCUUCCAGGAAGCUGUAGCAGGAGCGUCCGUGCUGGGGGCGCUGGCCUCGCCCGCCGCCCUGUCCCUCUCCCAGCAGCUGGGGGGGCUCCCGCAGGCCGUCAUGGCAGCCCAGGCCCCAGGGGUCAUCACAGGGGUGACCCCCGCGCGGCCCAACCUCCCCGUGCUGCCGCAGGUGGGUCUGGUGAACCCGGUGCUGGCCUCCCCGCCCGUGCUCUCCGCCUCCCUGGCGGCGGCGGCGGCGGCGGCGGCGGCGCAGGAGGCCAAGAAGGAGGAGGAGGAGGCGCUGCAGGACGGGACGGGCCAGGAGAUGCUGAGCGAGCAGGAGCACAUGAGCAUCUCCGGCAGCAGCGCCAGGCACAUGGUCAUGCAGAAACUGCUGCGCAAACAGGAGUCCACGGUCAUGGUGCUGCGGAACAUGGUGGGCCCGGAGGACAUCGACGACGACCUGGAGGGCGAGGUGACGGAGGAGUGCGGCAAGUUCGGCGCCGUGAACCGCGUGAUCAUCUACCAGGAGAAGCAGGGCGAGGAGGACGACGCCGAGGUGAUCGUCAAGAUCUUCGUGGAGUUCUCCAUGGCCUCCGAGAUGAACAAGGCCAUCCAGGCGCUCAACAACCGCUGGUUCGGCGGCCGCAAGGUGGUGGCCGAGGUGUACGACCAGGAGCGCUUCGACAACAGCGACCUCUCCGCAUAGACUGCCCGCCGGCCCCCUGUUCGCCAACCACCUCUCUCUCUCUCAGCCGCCGCCGCCGCCGCCGCCACCAGCGACGCCGGCGCCUCUUUUUAACUUGUAAUUAUUUUUUUAUUGAUGUUGAUAUUAAUAUUAUUAAUGAUCCCG